AUGACGGGAAUCGGCCGAUACCUGGACCAGAUACCACCAGGCAACUCGCCGUUCCCUAAGUACGAGGCAGCCAAGGGCCGCGAGCGCUCCGACAUGCGCCGCCAUCAUGUACGAGGCGCCGAAAUUGACCGUCGACUGAUGGCUUGUCGGGCACACCGAGCCGCGGUUGAGAUGGCCGAUUGGCGUCGCUCCGGUCGUCGUCCACAGCAAUUUGUCGGCAGCCGUCUCUCCCUGGUUCAUCGCCAACCUAGGUGUAAUGGAAACGUCUUCAAAGCCCCAGGCCCGGCGUUUAAGCCUCCGGGUGCCGGUCAUGUCGACGCCAAGUAUGCCUUGGUUGCACCCUGA